CAAGGGAGCCCUGAAGAAGAGUCCUUAUCUGGUAUUCAGAUAAGAAUAAGUAGGCAGGCAGCAUUGAAAAAGAAGUCAGGAAACUAUUUAUUUCACUUGUAGAACUCCUAGCUGAACUCAGAGGUGGGGGUUGCCUGCAGGUCAAGUACGGAGGUGAGGUUGUCCAAAGAGCAGUUUUCAGACGAAGGACUGUGCGCUGUAGACUGCAGUACAUCGCCACCAGAACUAAACAAGCAGAACCUGCAAAUAGAAACUCCAGUUUUCACUCCAGAAGGAGACAUUUAAAGGGAUUUUUCAUUUUACUUUCACUAAGACUUCAUGUCACGCCAAAUAACCAGUUAAAAGGGACCAGCAAGCCAGCUUCUCUGCGCUGAGACCGAACCCAGGCGAGCAGUCCCCGAUGAGGCUGGAGGCCGCCGCAAGGAUGGACCUUAUCAAGAAGCUAUGGAGAGCACGCAAGCUGAUCCUGGUGGUGCUGAUCCCGCUGUCGCUGCUGCCGCUACCCCUCAUCCACCCCUCCAGCGAGGCCUGCUGUGCGUACGUGUUGAUAGUGACAGCAGUGUACUGGGUGUCAGAGGCUGUACCCCUGGGAGCUGCUGCCCUCGUACCAGCCUUCCUAUACCCGCUGUUCGGAGUGCUCAAGUCCAGCGAGGUAGCUGCAGAGUACUGUAAGGACACCACUCUGCUGCUGAUGGGGGUGAUCUGUCUGGCGGCCUCCAUAGAGAAAUGGAAUCUCCACAAACGCAUCGCUUUACGCAUGGUCAUGAUUGCCGGAGCCAAGCCUGGCAUGUUGGUGCUGGGUUUUAUGUGCUGUACGGUCUUCCUGUCCAUGUGGCUCAGUAACACCUCCACUACUGCCAUGGUGAUGCCCAUCGCUGAGGCCGUCCUGCAGCAGCUCAUCAGCACCGGCGUGGCCGACACCCAGGAAGACUCCGAAACCGUCGAGGCCACCGAGGACGGCUGCCUCAGCGACAGGGAAGAGAAUCUGGAACAGAAUCAACUCGACCGUCUGUAUCGCAGAGACAGCUGUAUGAAGCAGGAGCUCUGCACUCUGACUGAGUUGCCGACUGUGGAGACUAACGGGACUGGGAGGAAGGCCAGUAAGACCAGUCUGGGCCAGUUGUCCCUAAAACAGACCAACGGACACCUGCCAUCGACAGCGAUCAGCAUCCCAGAGCCCAAGAAGGAGAAGGAGAGCAAGAACUCUCGCUACCCUACCAAGAGAGAUCAUAUGAUCUGUAAAUGUCUCUCGCUCAGCAUCACGUAUGCAGCCACCAUUGGAGGCCUCAUCACCAUCACGGGCACCUCCACCAACCUUAUCUUCGCCGAACAGUUCAAUAAUCGCUACCCGGAUGCUAAGGUGAUCAACUUCGGGACCUGGUUCAUCUUCAGUUUCCCCAUCGCAAUCAUCAUGCUGCUGCUGACCUGGGUCUGGCUGCACUUCCUCUUCCUCGGCUGCAAUUUCAGGGAGACAUGCUCGUUGAGUAAAAAGCGUAAGACAAGGAGAGAGAUGCUGUCAGAGAGGAAGAUCCACGACGAGUACAUAAAGCUUGGGCCCAUCAGCUACCCAGAGGUGGUGACAGGAGUGUUCUUCAUCCUGAUGACUCUGCUGUGGUUCACCAGAGAACCGGGCUUCGUACCCGGGUGGACGUCGCUGUUCGAGAAGAAAGGCUACAGGACCGACGCCACUGUCUCUGUGCUACUGGGCUUCCUGCUCUUCCUUAUCCCGGCCCGUCGGCCAUUCUCUCGGGCCCCCAGAACCCCCGCAGGGGACAGCUCUGCAGAAAGAGACCCAGACCCCAUGGCCCCCAUGAUCACCUGGAAAGACUUCCAGAAUCUAAUGCCCUGGGAGAUCGUCAUCCUUGUGGGAGGGGGCUACGCCUUGGCUGCUGGCUGCAAGGUGUCAGGGCUGAGUGUGUGGAUCGGCAGACAGCUGGAGCCCAUGAGUGGUCUACCCCCGUGGAUGGUCACGCUGCUGGCCUGCCUGCUCGUCUCCGCGGUUACAGAGUUCGCCAGCAACCCCGCCACUCUCACCGUGUUCCUACCUAUCCUCUCUGCUCUGUCGGAGACCCUGCAGAUCAACCCCCUCCACACACUCAUCCCCGCCACCAUGUGUGUGUCAUUUGGGGUCAUGCUGCCUGUCGGGAACCCCCCCAACGCCAUAGUGUUCAGUUACGGACAUGUGCAGAUCAGCGACAUGGUGAAGGCAGGAUUCGGGGUGAAUCUGAUUGGUGUUCUAGUGGUGAUGCUGGCCAUAAUGACCUGGGGCGUGCCCCUCUUCAACCUGACUGAGUACCCAGACUGGGCCAUCGCCAGGAACUUCACUGGCAGCUUAUAACCACGCGGGGGCGCGAGAGAGAGUGCAGAGAGUCACGGGGGGGGGGCAGAAAGAAGAAUGCAGAAGACGUCUCUGAUCAGAGACACUCGCCGUCUCUUUUACUGUAAAUGCCAAAUUGAAAGGGACUGAGGCUUAUUCCUUCAACUGUGCUGGUAACGUCUGAGAAUCGUGCAGGUUGGGGAAAACUGGGUGGAAGAAGCACCACAAGGGAGGAGACGCAGGGGCUGCCUUUUCAUAGGCGGCCCAGUUCAGAUUUUUUACAUUUUUUUAUUUUGCCAAUAAUUGCACAAAAUAUCUGAAUUGGGCCGCCUGUGUAAACGCAGCCAAAGUAGCCUAUAUGAGGUGCACGGAAUAGACUCCCAACUCAAGUCAACGGAUCAUAUUGCCUUUUACUCCAUAUUACUGUAAAUGUUACUUUUAUAUUGUUUUCUAAUCUCUCCAUCCCAUAGCCCACAAAAAAAAAACAUUGAUUCAAGAUGGGUUUACCCAUUAUGACUACAAGCCACAGCAUAUUGUAUGUCACACAUUUUCCUAAAGGUUGAGCUAACAACCACAUGAACAGUAUUUCUAUGCAUAUGACACUUUGCUAAUUAGAAUUAUACUCUAUAUUUACAGUAGUAUACAGUCUUCAUGCUGUUACAUACUGGGUCCCUACUGUUAAGUGUGCUGAAAUUCCCUAUAUAGUGCACGACUAUUGACCAGAGCCAUAGAGAAUAGGGUGUCAAGACAGACACAAUAGAGAAUAGGGUGUCAAGACAGACACAAUAGAGACCAGAGAGAAAACUGCAGAGUAAAGAGCCUCUCCAAUCAACAGCCAAAUCACAAGAGCCGUCAGUCCCUAUGACUACAGAGCAACGUGUACAUUCUAUCAUAGACCAUAUGACUUGUAUGAAAUGCUCUAUAUUUUUUUUGAACCAAUUGAAAUGUAAUCGUGUGCCUUUUUGUACUUUAUCCACUGUCGUCGUGAAAAUGGAGGCCGAUACAGAAUGUAUGCACAUCAAGCAAUCUAAAUCCUACAUCUCUGUUUAUAAUUUAUUCGACGUUGCACAAGUUUUCAAACUUUGAUGUGGUUUUAGAAGACAGAUAUAGAACCUUUGUAAAUACAUGCCAACUUGUAAAAUAAAAAAAGAAAUGUGCCUUGUAGUGUCCAACCAAUCCAAUGAACUGUAACCUCCAUGGAUAACGUUAAUGUAGUUGUUUCCACACAUAUUCAACUCACCUCGUAGAAUAGGCCUAGAUUCAUGGAAAUUAAACACAAUUGUUACAAAAUAA